AUGGCUUGUGGUCUUCUCACUCUUUGCGUCAGCGCGCUUCUCGCUACGGCGAGCGCUGUAAAGCCCGUCGUCAAGCCCGCAGAUGUAGUAUUCGUCAAUGGCGAGAUCUACACCAUGUGUCCGUCCAACGGACAUGCAUCAGCUCUCGCCGUGCGCGGCGGAAAGAUUGAGUACGUCGGCAGCAAGAAAUCCGCCGACAAGUACAUUGGCAAGAACACAAAGGUCAUUGAUCUCAAGGGAAAGAUGGCCAUGCCUGGUCUCGUCGACUCGCACAUGCACGUUCUCUCUGGUGGCCUGUUUCUUCUCAAGUGCGAUCUGAGCUACCAGACGCUGCCAAUUGAGGAUGUGCUAGAGCAUAUUCAGGGUUGCAUUGAUGGCGAGACUGGCAAGACGGAUGAUGAUUGGCUUGAGGUUGUCAAUAUGGACUAUGCUGGUCUUGUUGAGAAGAGCGGAGAUGUUGGAAAGAAGCAGCUUGACAAGCUCAACACCCAGCGACCCAUCAUCAUCCGAUCCAGCGACUACCAUACCGUCCUCGCCAAUUCGCGCGCUCUCGAGCUCUCCGACAUCGACUCCAGCACCAAGGACCCCGCCGAUGGCAAGAUUGUUCGUCUUCCUGGUAGCCAGGAGCCCUCUGGCGCUCUCUCAGAUGGCGCUUCUGCCCUCCUCGCUGGUCCUCCUCCUCCCACCGCUGAGGAGAACGUCCAGGCCGGUCGCGCUGCUCUCAAGCUUCUUCGCGAGGCUGGCAUCACUACCUUCCAGGAAGCCGCUGCUGGUGAGGAGCAUCACACUCUCUUCAGCACCAUCAAGGCUGAAGAUGGUCUCUCUGCGCGCGCGUACUUCGACUACCGCAUCGAAGCGCCCAAGUCAAUCGACGGUGUUUCCGCGCUCGUCAAGGAUGUCGUCAAGAAGCUUACUCCUUGGCAUGACAACAAGGUCAUUGGUCCCAAGCCUACACUCAAGUGGCAGGCGAUCAAGGCCUUCAUCGACGGUGUUAUCACUUAUCCUGCCAACACCGCUGCUCUGAUUGAUCCCUACUGGGCACCCCUCAACAGCUCCAACCUCAAUGGCAAAUGGGCCCCCGAUAAGAACUCCCUCAACAACCCUUACUGGAACCCUGCUGUUCUCACCAAGACCCUCGAGCUUCUUUUCCUUGCUGGCUUUGACGCUCAAUUGCACGUCGAUGGCGACCUUGCUGUCCGUGUCGGUCUCAAUGCUGCUGAGUCGUUCCGCAAGAAGUAUCCCCACAAGGACUUCCGUCUCGGUCUUGCUCACGAUGAGUUGUCGCAUGAGAAGGACUGGCCUCGCUUUGCUAAGCUCAAGGUCGAUCCUAUCGUCAGUUACCAGUGGGCGCAGCUCAGCUCAUUCUACAUCCCCAACACGUUCAAGUCUCUCGCCGACUACCGAAAGGACAAUCUUCAGGCUUGGGCUGAGAUUGAGAAGGCGGGUCGACCUCUUGUUUAUGGAAGUGAUUGGCCUAUUGAUCCUCUCGAUGAGUUCCUCGCACUCAAGGUCGCCGUCACCCGCUCCGGUGAUCCUCAGAACCCCAACUCCCCCGCAUCUCAAGGCCCUCCCUUCGACGGAAAGUUUCCAGGCAACGGAAUCUCCCGCACAUCCGCUCUUCAAUCCAUCACCAUCAACGGCGCGCGUUUCCUCCGCGCAGACAAGCAGAUCGGCUCUCUCGAAGUAGGCAAGCUCGCAGACAUUAUCAUCCUCCAAAACAACUUCUUCAAGGUCCCCGAGUCCAAACUCGGCCGCCAGAAGGUUCUGCUUACCAUGGUCGGCGGCGAGGUGGUUUAUGUGGCUGAAGGGCAGAACUUUGGCGUCAAGGCCAAGUUCCCUAACGAUGACAAGACCAGCGCUAAGCUCGCCCGUCGAACUAUCGGCGGCUUCAACGCCAACGCGCUAUCAGAGAGGGCCAAGGCCGAUGCGGCCAAGCUUCGAAAGCGCGGCACUUGCGUUCAUAGGCAUUAG